UUUAUCACUGACAUGAUAUGACAUUGACAAUUUGAUUAUCCGGCAACAUCCGGCUAGUGCAUUUUCGGCACUUUUCGGGCAAUCAAGAAAUCGCGACUUUACGCAUGUUUUUUUUUAAUCGUAGGGAUUUCUAUCAGGGAAUACAUUGAUAAAAGAAGCGUGAAUUGUGUAAAGAAUAAAUAUGUCUGAAUUUAUUUUUACGGAGAUCGAUGGCAGUGUUUUAGAAGGGGGCGGUCAGAUCCUGCGUACUGCGAUUUCGUUGAGUGCAAUAUUGGGGAUUCCAGUGCGUGUGACGAACAUACGAGCGAAGCGCAGUAAGCCGGGCCUCGCGGCUCAGCACCUCAUAGGUAUAAAGCUAGUAGCAGAUAUGUGUGGUGCCAAGCUGCGAGGCGACAACAUAGGCUCCACCGAGAUCCAGUUCAUCCCCGGCAAGAGGAUCAAGAGAGGUCACUAUGUGGCCGACACACGCACCGCCGGUUCAAUCAGCCUGCUGAUGCAAAUAGCCUUACCCUGCGCUCUGCUGGCCGACGGGCCAGUGACCCUGGACCUGAAGGGAGGCACCAACGCCGACAUGGCUCCUCAGAUAGAGUACAUGACUGAAGUCUUCAGAAAUGUGCUCAAACUGUUCGGAGCUACGUUUGAUAUGACCGUGCAUAGACGGGGCUACUACCCCAAGGGCGGUGGCUUCGUGACCGUGGAUGUGACUCCCGUACAGAAGCUGGUGGCCACCAGGGUCAUGGAGCGAGGCUUCAUCAGCAAGAUCUAUGGAUGGAGCUUCGUGGCUGGCACUCUGCCUAUGAGGUUGGCGAACCAGAUGAGCGAGGGUUUCAAGGAGAAGAUCAGCGACUUGCACCCGCGCACCGACAUCACCGUGCUCAAGGAAGAUAUUAACUUGGCUCCGAACAACUGCAGUGGGAUCAUCACGGUGUGCGAGACGUCGUCGGGCUGCCGGCUGGGCGCGGCCGGGCUGGGCCGGCGCGGCGCGGCGCCGCUGGACGUGGGCCGCGCCGCCGCGCUCGCGCUGCGCCACGACAUACUCAGCGGCGGCUGUCUCGACACGCAUCUGCAGGACCAGGUGAUAAUCUACAUGGCGCUAGCGGAGGGCCGGUCGAGCAUGCGCGUGGGCGACAUCACGCUGCACACCAAGACUGCCAUCUACAUCGCUGAGCUCAUCGCCAAUGUAAGAUUCGAAGUAGAGGAAGACGGCUCCCAGAACAUAAUCCAAUGCAACGGCCUACGAGUGUACAACAGACACCACCCGAACCAGGCCGAACUACUACCGAACCGGUACUAAGCUAACAAGGGCCCAACAACUCAACAAGGGCCCAACAACACAACCAGGGCCCACCAACUCAACAAGGGCCCAACAACUCAACAACGCCAUAACAACAAUGGUCCACAAAUGAUAUGUACUUGCCAAACACUUAAAAGUACUUCUCAUUUCAACGGGAGACCAAAAAUCUAUUUUAGUACUUAGCAGCUGUUUGAAAAUGUUCGUGUGGAAGAAAUGGCGGUUUUUAUAGUGGAAAGAAAUGGCAGUCUUAUGGAGUCGGUGCAAGAGAGGCAAGGACUGAAGGAUAAAGGAAAAUAUUGAAGGUUUUAAAUCCUGGCUACGUUGGAUUGCCAUCAAGAUUCUAGUUUUCCUAAGCCGAUCGGCUUUACAUGUGCAAUUUCCGUGUGAUAUAAACCUUAUACGCAUUUUUCUAACGAUGGACCAUUACGCUUGUAAUAGCGGAAUAUAUACUAAAUUAAAUGAAACGUAGUCUCCUAUACAUUUAGACUGCGUUGUAUUUGUUAUUUAUACGAUGUUUUGUACUCAGGAUCGCUGCCGAUUCACAAAAGGGUAUGAGUUAACUUCAUCAUAUCGAUGUAUAUGUAUUUUAGUAUCUAAUUCAAGUACAGGAAUCUUAAAUGUCUGAUUAACGUGUUUUAUUAUGAAUGUUGUAAGCUUUAACGUGUAUUGCGUGAUAACGAUAAUAUUCUAAAGAAAUAUUGCGAUCUUAUAUAUUAUACGGAUUCUCGAUUUUUAUAAUUUGCCACGGCGGUGACAAGACUUGAAAGUUUCGGUGAAAAAUCUCAUGUUAUGUAGUGUAGCGAGUCUCGCCGUGUCUGCCGUACGAUAUUGUACCAUCAAUUCCAGUUAAUUAUUAACUUAUUCUAAUAAAUAUUAAUCAAAUAUAAAUAAAUGUUAAUAAAACAUUA